CGUAACAGAAACGCGAUGGCUUCCUCUUUGGCUUCUCCGUCUCCUCCUCCUCCUCCUCGAACAGCUCACGAUGGCGUCGAUGGUCGAUCCCCGCCUCGUCCUCCUCUCCGUAGCUUCUCUUCUCCUUGUCCUCCUUCUUCCCCUGCCCGCUGCCGAUGUCGAGUGUUGCAAAAAGGGAGCUGAUUAUCCAGUUAAGGUUGGUGGUGUUGAUAUAUCUCCAGAUUCAAUUGCACGGGGAAAGUCAGCUACAUUCACUAUCUCAGCAAACACUGAAACUCAUGGAUCUUUGCAAGAAGACGUCCUGCCCUGUCUCUGCUGGUGACUUUGUACUAUCUCACCAGCAGACUUUUACCAUCAUUUACCCCACCGUAUCGGGUUUGUAUCUGUUGAUGAUAACUGAAUGCAAUCCAAAUGAGUCCUCGAAAGAAUGGAGCUCUCGGGCCCUCAAUUCCAGCUUGGGGAUCUCCAGGGUUCACUUAUGCACGACAUCAUCUGCAGGAGCAAUCUUUGGUUUCACGUAUUCGAUCCGCAACCAGAUGGAAUCCUCAAUUAAAACGCUUCAUCAUCUGAGCGUCAUGCCAAAGUACGUGACUAGAAUUAUUUUUGCAUGUCAAAUGAAAUGCAAUCUAUUCAAGAAAUCUACCAUUUUGUCACCAUUUUCCUCGCACACAUGCUUUCUCUUCUGGUAUGUGUAACAGUAGAAGCCAAAAACAAGUCUUACAUAUUAAAGAAAAAGCCACAUAACUGUCAGAUGGGAAACAUGAGAAAGAAUUUUCUUAAAGUAAGGAAAACGAUUUUGUCACCAUGGUGAAUUCAAACAGGCUCUCACGACUCAUAUGUGCAACAGUAAGAGGCCAAAAACAAGAUUUGCAUAUUAAAGAUAAAAGCUACAAAACAUUUCCAAUGAAGUUAUAAAAAAAAAAAAAACUGUCAGUCAGAUUGCAAUUUAAUUAUGAGUGAGAAUUUUCU